GCUAUUUCGUAACGCCAUUUAAUCUUUGGUUGUGAAAUCAACAUGUUUCCCAUGGAAUCUGAAAACACAAGGGCCCACCGCGAAAUAAUCUAAACGCUAUAAUGUUUCUUUAUUCGCUCGUUGCAUUAAUGACAGUGUGUUUUAGUCAAGGUUACACCAUCCGAAGCUCGGUCUCGUGGGCUGUCACGAAUGAUGUGGUGGAUGAAGAGCUGGACCCGCACUCAGACGAAACGCCCGAUGUGCUCGUCGAUAAUAUCGGGAUCUGGAAACAAGCCUACCCGUCCUCUGUGUACCGGGACGGUCCAGACAAAAAAACUGAACAGGGGUCAAAAAGCGAUGACUUGUCAUCUGCAUCUCGUGUGUUUUCAUAUCGAAUAGCGGAGUUGAAAGUGCCGUCCAGUACGCCUACCCCUCCGCCUCAUGAGGAGACGGCGAGGAUGGCCCGAUAUAUGGCUCAUUACAGCGACUGGGGUUACCUAGCAACCAUCUCCACGCAGGAGAAGAUCAAAGGACUCCCAUUUGGAAAUAUCUUCUCAGUCAGUGACGGUCCACUGGACAAUAGUACUGGAAUUCCUUAUUUUUACGUCACACCUAUGGACAACACGGUAACGGACAUUCAGAGCUUCCCAUUUGCCUCCUUAACAUUUUCUCAAGCAGAAGGAGAUUUUUGCAGGAAGCAAGUUUAUGACCCUGAGGAUCCAAGGUGUGCUAGACUUACUUUGACUGGUAAAAUGGUGGAGGUGGAGCCAGAGGAGCUUGACUUUGCCAGAGAAGCAAUGUUUUCAAGGCAUCCUGUUAUGAAAAAGUGGCCCCCAGAACAUAAGUGGUUUUUCAUGAAGCUGGUUCUGGAGCAAGUUUGGUUGCAGGACUGGGUUGGAGGAGUCUCACUCAUUUCACUUGAUGAGUAUUUCAAAGCAACACCUUUCUAAGAAGGAAAAACAACAACCACAUUAUAGAAGUUGAGAAUGAAAACAGUAUAAAAUAUUUAAACUGAUACGACUUUGAAAAUAAGAAAGUGCUUUUGAUUAAAUGUUUUGCCCUGGCCAGGAUUUCCAUGACCCUGAAUUUUGCUGCUUACAUAUUCUUAAGAAGUUGUUAUAUUAUUAAAGGUUGGAAUUUUAGUUCAUGUAGUUUUGUGUUUACAUAUUUGUACAUAAACAUUAAAAGCACUCAUAUUAAAAAAUUCUACUAUAACCACUUAAGAAAAUGUAAACAACGCUGGUUCAGAAUAACUUCCUUUUUAAUUUUGUUUAAACUGCACAAACAUUUGAAUGGAAUACAACAGAACAUGUAUAACACAGUUAAAAUGUUAUAUGAAUGUCUUUUAAAAUGUAAUUAUGUUUGUAAGAUUUAAAAAAAACAAUGAUAACAUGAAACCGAAGUGCUGCUAGACCUUGAAAAGUGAUCUAUAGGCUGUAUAUUUUUAUACACAAUAAAAGUAUAUGAAAAUGUUUAUGUUAAAUAGUAACUAGAGAUUAGAUUAGGAUGUUAGGUUUUAUAUUCAUUGUCUGGAGGACAAUUGUUAACAAGACCUCAUUUUAAUCGAACAAAAAUCAUCCUAAUAAAAUCUUAAAUAAUAGUUUGUGCCUUGAAGUUUCACAAUGAUAUACAUAAGCUGAACAAUUGAAAUAAAGUAUUACUUGUACAUAUUAUGUGCAAAAGUGAAA